AUGGAUGAGAAAAACGACGUGAUUAAGGCUAAUAAUAAUCCACGUCAAGCGUGUGCAGCCUGCAAGCAUCAAAGAAAAAAGUGCUCCCAGAAUUGUAUAUUGUCGCCGUUUUUUCCACCAGAAAAAAAAGAAAAAUUCCAAGCAGUGCAUAAACUUUUCGGCGUGAGUAAUAUCUCCAAGUUAUUGAAAGGACUUCACACUUUAGAUGAGCGCAAGAGGGCUAUUGAUUCAUUAAUAUGGGAAGCCGAAGCGAGGGAACGAGAUCCAAUCGAAGGAGGUUUCGGUGCGUUCAAGAAGAUCAACGUGGAAUUAAUAUCCCUCACGAAUCACGUGCGCAUAUCAAAUCAACCAGGACUACCCAAGAUUGGUACCAAUACAAUCUCGAGUGAUAGCAAGGCGUUAAUGAGUUGGGAAAACAGUGCUAACAAUGGGUACGCAUAUGGAGCGUAUGGCAAUGUUAGUAAUGUUGCUAACAACAAUUAUAUCCCCAGUAAUGGUAGAUAUAAUAAUAUUAAUACUAAUGGAUAUAAAGAAGCGGAACGGGCAUUUGGAUAUCAAGGAUUCUCUGUCCUGCCUCAUGAACAGUUUCAUCGUCAAUAUUUUCAAUCCGACCAACAGAAUGGAGUGGUGAAUGAGAAGUCGGAUGAUAGCCAAAGCCUAGUACAGGAAGUCAUGAAGGAUGAUCCAAUAAUAAUGGAGUUCUGA